AACAGUGUGUUUUGUCUCUCUUUUGGGGGGUUGAAAAUGGCGGCAUCAUUCAGAUGGGUGUUACAGCUACACAAGGACGUACCAAAAGCAGCAAGAUUUUACUCAGAGGGCUUGGAUUUCACCAUUAAUGUCUGUACCCAUAGAUGGGCUGAGCUCCAAUCUGGGCCUCUCAAACUUGCUCUCAUGCAUUCAUCAACCGACAUUGUUGUGCAGAAGGGAUACUCAUCCCUCCUAUCCUUUACAGUUGGUGAUAUAAACAAUUCGGUGACCAAGCUAAUGGCUUUAGGGGCCGAGUUGGAUGGUCCUAUCAAAUAUGAAAUCCAUGGAAAGGUUGCUGCCUUGAGGUGUGUGGAUGGGCAUAUGUUGGGUCUUUAUGAACCCUCCUAAGACUUCUUUGAGACGACUGCUUGUAUUACAAAGGCAAAUUGGAUGCUUGACACAAGUUUUGCAUAAAGAGAAAUUUGACCUCUUUUUUCAUAGAGGUAAAGCACAAGAAGAUAGAGGAGAUAGUGAUUACUCAUUAAUCUACCAAUGGUUUACAGCAAGAGACGACCCUUAAUAAAAACUUAAUAGAUUGAGAGAUAUACAAUAACCAUACGGGUACAAUAUCAUUCUGAUCGAAAAAUGCAAGUUCAAUGUGAGGAGAUUGUACGUACGAUGUGAAAAAAUUAUAUUAAAGUUUGAUUAAUUAAAGUUAGAUGAAUCAAUUACUUAAGUGGAGAACAAA